AUGAAAAUAGGAUACGCCCGCGUCUCGAGCCGUGGUCAAUCGCUCGAGCUCCAGCGUGAGAAACUCCUCGCGGCUGGAUGUGAAAAAAUCUACGAAGAGAAACGCUCCGGUGGGAAGGCGUCAAACCGUCCGGAACUGGCGGCGAUGCUCGACUAUGUGAGGGAAGGGGACACGCUUGCUAUAAGCCGUCUAGACCGCCUUGCUCGCUCCCUGGCUGAUCUCUGCAAUAUCAUUGAAGCUCUCAAGAAGAAGGGGGCAGAUUUUAUCGUUCUCGAUCAAUCAAUAGAUACGACCUCACCGACUGGUCGUCUCACAUUUCAUAUCCUCGGCGCUAUUGCGGAGUUCGAUAGGGAAAUCAUCGCCGAACGCCGUGACGAAGGAAUAGAGGAUGCUCAAAAGAAAGGCGUCAAGUUUGGACGUCCUCCAAACCUCAGUGAAAAGCAGAUAGGAGAGCUCAGAGAAGCUCAUAGGGCAGGGGAGUCACGCCAAUCGCUUAUGGAGCGAUUUGGGAUUUCCAAAGCGAGUUAUUACAGAUUAACUAGCGGAAGUGAGAAGGGAGCGUAA